UCAGAAGUCAUAACAAAAAACGCAAGUCAAAAUCGUGAAUAAUCAAAACAUAACCCUGAUUAUUUUCAAUAUUUUUAAGUGAAUAUGGUCGGAUUUAACAUGGAUGGGCCAGCGAGGGAUCGAGUACUGAGACUGAUGGAGGAGAAGGAUAGGCUAGAGAGAGAAAUUCGCGACCAUACGGCGGUGUUGGAAACCAAUAAUGUGGGAAUGCACGACUCGCUGGUUGACGCUGAUGGAUUCCCACGGAAUGAUAUAGAUGUGUAUAAAGUACGACAUGCUCGGCAUCAGAUCAUCUGUCUUCAGAACGACCACAAAGCCCUAAUGAGAAGAAUAGAGCAAGGUUUGGCCGAGGUCCACGCAGACCUUAUGGGGUCCACUGGAGAGGGUUCUGCUGCCCAGGCUCUCUCGGCACUACGCAUGAACGGAAAUGGGACUCAUCAUAAUGGACCAGACAGCCCUAUGGAGGUGGAUGAUGAACGGCAGGUGUUUGCGAGGAUUUCUUUUGUGCAUAACGGGUCUCCAGCUGAUGAUGCCGGCUUAUGUGUUGGCGACGAAGUGAUCCAGUUUGGGUCUAUCACGGCGCAGAAUUUCAACGAUAUGUCGCAGGUUAACGACGUUGUUUCGCACUCUGUUGGCCAGCGUGUACAGGUGAGAGUGCGGCGCGCACGUCUGGUGCUGAACCUCUCGGUGGUGCCGCGGCCGUGGGCGCAGCCCGGCCUGCUCGGCUGCCAGAUCAACCGGCUCUCCUAAACCUGGAGCCCUACGGAAGUGGAGCUUCGUGCUUAAAGCAGUCCGUCCAGUGGUGGCAGCCUCAUUGGUUGGAUUGUGUUUUCUAAUAAGUUAUUAAUUCAUUUAUUAAGUCUGCGGGCCAGGCGUAUAUGUAUAAUCGCUUUCCGUACGAUACUUUGUAGAAUAAUGAAUCUUCGUGAAAAUCAGCUGCCAUGUUAUCGGUGGGUUCAGGAACGGCAGCCACGGAAAGGCGUAAAAAAUAUACGUCAAUCAUCACCUUCUGUUUCAUACUUUGUCAGAUAACAAUUUAUAAGAUACUAGCUUUUGCCCGCGGCUUCGCGCGCGUUAGAAAGAGACAAAAAGUAGCCUAUGUCACUCUCCAUCCCUUCAACUAUCUCCACUUAAAAAAUCACGUCAAUUCGUCGCUCCGUUUUGCCGUGAAAGGCGGACAAACAAACAGACACACACACUUUCCCAUUAGUAUGGAUUGUGAACAAAACAAUUGUUGUUUAAUGGAAAACAUAAUCUCUCCACUGGAUGAUCGACUGUCUUAUUGCAUGACGCAAUUUAAUCACACACUACCUGCAGCAUGACUGCACUACACGGUGACUGCGUAGUGACAUUUGAGAUCAUAAUAAUCAACAGUCCCGGCAACCUUCAAAUCAAGAGUGAACAGGCAUCUUUGGCUAGUCUGUGGCCAAGAGUAAGCCCAUU